CUUCCGUGAUUUCGAUUUGAUUACAGUGUUCGCAUGUCUCAGGAAAAGUUUUAAACGUUUGAUGCAAGAUGUCGACAUUUUCCAACAAUCCACGUCUUUUAACGAAAGAUGAGCUAAAAUCUGAAUUAAAGGCGAACGGUGUUCCACUUCCGCGAGCUGAGCAAAGAAAGGCUUUUUACGUUGAUUUAUACCUGGAACGUUUGACUUCGCAAAAUCAAAAUGAAGAAUUUUCUUCCGAUGAAGAGGAGAUGUCCAAAUAUUCUCCCAUGCGAGCCAGCCAGAAGCUUCCGGUCAAGCUGCCCAAAAAGGUUGUCAUCAAUAAAAGAGUUAAGGGAGACCUGCCAUUCGAUGUGGCAGCUUUGUCUGAUGGCGAUCUUGCCAGGCAGCUAAAAUCAUUUGGAGCUACAGUAGGCCCUAUUACCGAAUCCACACGUCCGAUCUAUCAAAAGAAACUGGCUAAGUUGCUGACAGAAGAGAAAAGUAAUCCUGUCAUUCCGGUUGUGCCGAAAGUCUCUCCGAAGAAACCAAAGGCUUCUCCAGUUAAGCCCAGUAAUGAGUAUGUGGAGUUUUCUGAUGAUAAUGAAGUUUCAUCAGAAGAGAGAGACGUGGAAGAAGUGGAAGAAGUGGAAGAAGUAGAGCCUCUUCCAUAUGAGCUUGAUGGAGAAGACCAGCAAGACACAACUCCAAAGCACUUUUCCUAUCCAAAAUCAUCAUCCACACCAUCAAAGGCAACACUUACAAAAAGAGUCCCACCAAGCAUGACAAUGACAACACAGCAAACCCAACAAAUCCUUAGCAAGGAUUCUGAGAACAACUUGUCCAAAGAACAUCCCAUGGAGACUGUGGCAAAGAAGAAGACUCCUGAGCCCAACAAGGAGGAACAUAGCAUAUGUGGUCCUCAUAUUCAAAUUCUGCUUGCAGUUGGAGUUUUUCUUGCUUUUACGGCUUUCUUGGUAUAUCAUCUGAUGGAAGAUAAUCCUCAUAAAGGAAUAGGGCGAGAGGGAAGUUGAGCACCAUUGACAAUAUGAUUGUUAAUCAUUGCUGCAGUCUGUCAGUAUACUUAUAGGUUAGAACUAAAAUAAUUUUCUCUGUGCUGUAUGUAUGUUGUAGAGAGUAAUUAUAAUGUUGCAUGUGAUGUAGCAUGAAAAUUCUGUGGAAGUUGGAUUUUGUAGGUUGGAAAAAAUUUUGUAAUGCGGAUUGGGAGAAAUUUCUCUUUGGAAGCACAGUUGUUUUUCAGUUUUCAGAUCAAGCAGUCCAACAUUAACAAGGAAGAAAAUGUGCCAUUAUCAACUUUUAUCUUUGUCUGAUUUUAUUUCUCUUUUUCUGUGGUACUUUGUGGAAUACUUUUUACAUUUUUGAAGAAUACUUUACUGCAUAUGAUUUCUGAAAAACACCAAAGUCAUUCAAAAAGGAAACCCUCUCCCGUUUCAGAAAUUCUCAUUCCCCUAAAGGUAGUAAGUUUUGCAAUUUUUUUCUCGAUCUAGUUAAGUAGAAGAAUUUGUUAAAAUUUCCAAAUUUGAAAAUUUGCCAAAGUUUUACACUACAUGUACAUACAAUACAGCUCAGAGGUAGAUGGCAAAUGCACAUGCAAAACUUUCGCACGUUUUUCACAUUCUGCGCCAAAAAAAGCACAUGUCUUGAGCAUGUUUUUGUUAUUGUGAUUAAUGCAGUCAGCUUGCUUUGUUUUGCAUUGUUUUGGAAAAGAAAGGUUUUCUUUCUUUAAGUCCAGCUGCUGAAGCAUCAAAUCAACAUUUGAAUAUCUCAUCUAAGGGACGCAAUGGCUGCUGUUUCAAUGAAAUGUUGAAACAACUUGUUGUGAUUCCACAAGAAUUUUGUAAAAUAAGUUUUUGAAAGUUUUUAAGAUGUGAAUAAUUAACUGUAUACUGUAGUAGUCAUGCUUGUGUAUUGUUAACCCUUUGAAUGACUAAUACCUAAGAGUGACCAGCAUCUAAUUUCUCUUUACAAUAAUUAUCACCCCUCAAUCAGACAUUAAGGUCAUGAGA